AUAAGCUCCUCCCAUUACAAGACAGAGUUCAGCCGCGUCUUCAGUUGUUUGGAGUAUGUCAACAGUCCUCGAGAUCAAGACUACUCGAACUGGUUCAUAAAAGACAAUGCACAAGAUGCUACACUGAGAGAAGAAAAAUGGAUACAAAACUCAUUAUCCCUCAGACUAGCAACAAAAUCCAAAUCAGCUAACAUUAUAUCACUGCAGCCUUAAAAAACAGCCAUCAAACAACUUUGUAACUGUAAACCUGAGAAGUUAAAAGAAAAUGUACCAAGUAGUCCCAGGAGGAGCUGGGGGAACGAUUACUGAGGGAGUGCCCAUUAAAAAGAGAGACAAGGACACUCGCCCUCUAGUGGGAGCUGGAGUUAUUGGGGUGGUUCUGGUGAUUGCGGCUGUGAGUGCUUGGUGUUAUUAUAUUGCCUCCCUUCGUAAAGCCGACCUGUUGAAGACAGAAUUACUUGAUCUGAAUAAGGAUGGAUUUGUCAUCCGCAACCAUGCUGGUGGGAUUGUCCUAAAGAUGGGAUUCAGAUCUGGCACACUUGAUCUUGACUCUUGCUCUAAGGAGGGAGUGAUCCUGCAGUGCUCUCAAUCAUAUGCAGGAAAGGUGAAAUUUUUCAUUAUGACUGUGAAGCCAAAAGAAACUGUGAUGUGUUACCGUGUGCGCUGGGAGGAGCUGGAGUCUGAUCGGCCUGUGGAACAUGCCAUGUCCUACAAUGGAUCGUACUGGUAUGGUGGUGCUGAGACUGCAGUUCAACACUGGCCCAUUGCCAUCUCGGGACAGCAGGCACCCAAACCUUUUGUCACCAGUGAUGUGUACUCCAAUCGGAACAACUUCGGCGGCAUCCUGGAGCGCUACUGGAUCUCGUCGAAUGCCACGGCCAUUAAGAUCAACGACUCUGUGCCCUUCCACCUGGGUUGGAACGAUACAGAGAAAACCAUGUAUUUCCAGGCCCGAUAUCAGGACAGUCCAUACAAACCUGCACCUGGCAAACCUCCAUAUGCUGAGCUUAGCUACCGAGUCUGCGUAGGCUCGGAUGUGACUUCCAUACACAAGGUCAUGGUUCGCCGAUACUUCCCUAAACCCAACAAAGUGCCCAGUAAAGAAAUGUUCCGGCACCCAAUAUGGUCCACGUGGGCUUUACACAAGACUGACAUCAACCAAGAAAAGCUUUUGAGUUACGCAGAGAACAUACGCAAGUAUGGUUUUAACUGUAGCCACCUAGAGCUUGAUGAUCGGUACACUAAACAGUACGGAGAAUUUGAGUUUGACCCGCAGAAGUUUCCAAAUGCUUCCGCAAUGUUUCAAAAACUCAAAGCAGAUGGCAUUUUAGUAUCGCUGUGGACACACCCUUUUGUGAAUUAUGAUUCAGCUAACUUUGGAGAAUGCGUACAAAAAGGCCUGUUUGUAAUGGAGCCCACAGGUCAACUUCCUGCUCUUGUUAAGUGGUGGAAUGGCAUCGGAGGGAUCCUUGACUUUACCUAUAUUGAAGCUCGAAAAUGGUUCACGGCGCAACUUCACUCGUUGCGCUCCAAAUAUGGUGUGUGCUCCUUCAAACUGGAUGCAGGGGAAACCAGCUACUUGCCCUGGCAGUUUCAAACCCGAGCCCACCUCCCUGACCCGAGCACCUUCACGCGACGCUACACAGAAAUGGCCAUCCCUUUCAAUGAGCGUGCCGAGCUUCGAUCCGGCUACGGCUCCCAGAACAUCUCGUGUUUUUUCCGUCCUAUUGACCGGGACUCCGUUUGGGGCUACGAGCUUGGCCUGAAGUCCCUGAUCCCAACCGUUCUCACCAUCAGCAUCUUAGGCUACCAGUUCAUCCUGCCGGACAUGAUCGGAGGCAACGCCUAUCUCAACCGCACCGACGGGAACGGCAGACUGCCGGACCGUGAGCUCUACAUCCGUUGGCUGGAGCUGUCUGCUUUCAUGCCCUCCAUGCAAUUUUCCAUUCCUCCUUGGGAAUACGAUGAUGAGGUGGUGGCUAUCGCUAAGCGGUUCACCGAGCUACACGAGACACUGGUGGCGCCGAGGGUUAUCGAACUGGCUGGAGAAGUUCUGGACACCGGAGACCCAAUCAUUCGCCCAUUAUGGUGGAUUGCCACCAGUGAUGAAACGGCUUACAGGGUUGACUCGCAGUUUCUGAUAGGAGAUGAUUUGAUGGUUGCACCGGUUCUAGAACCUGGCAAGCAGGAACGAGAUAUCUACCUACCGGCUGGACGCUGGAAAAGUUACAAAGGAGAGCGAUACGAUAACAAAGAGCCGAUACAUCUGACUGACUAUCCUGUAGAUCUUGAAGAUAUUGCGUAUUUUGAAUGGGUUCAGUAAGACUUGUUUAGUGCAUGAAGCUCGGAUGACUUUUUUGUUUCAGGGAAUUAGGAAAGGUUUUUCAUGACCUAUCCAGGGUUUCGAGUCUUAAGAUGUGAACACAGGACAGCAUGCCCUUUUUUUGUAAGAAUUAAAGGGAUAGUUCACCAAAAAUAAGUUCAAGUUAAACUUGUAUGAGUGUUGAACACAAAUGAAGAUAUUUUGAUAAACGAUGGUAAGCGUGCACAGUUAAUGGUACCCAUUGACUUCCAUAGUAUUUGUUUAUCCUACUAUUAAAGUCAAUGGAUAACGUAAGCUGUACAUUUAUCAAAAUAUCUUCAACAGAAGAAAGAAACUCAUAAAGGUUGAGUAAGUGAUGAAUACAUUUUCAGUUUUGGGUGAACGAUCCCUUUAAGCUCCCUGUUGUCCCUGGGCUGUGCUUUUGUGUAAUUAUAACAUGCAAUACAUAGCUGAAUUAAUUCUGUGCCUUGUAUUUAAACACUGAAUUUCUACGAGAUGCCAUGUUUUAUCAUUUUAGCCUAAAUGUUAACACAAAUAAGCAUCAGCACAUGGUUAAGUCAACCAACUAUACUAAUAGGUAACGCACGUAUUGAAGGGCUGUGAAAGGUAAUUUUGCACAAUGGACAUUUUAAUGCUCCUUGCAUUCUCUCAUCUGCAUUUUACAAAAGGGAAAUUUUAUCAGUACUGUAUAUAAGCCUUCGUUUCUUACAAGGUGCUCAUCAUCAAUUGCUUUUAAUGGUCUCCUUUGAGCUAAUCUACUCGAUUUUUUUCUGGAAUGUACGAAUUUCCAAAUGUAUUGAUGUUCUGCAAGCAAUAGCAAUAUACAGUUCAGUAAAUUAAGUGCAUGCUGCACAUUUGUGCAUAAGCCACCUUGCUUGUGUCUUACAAUACUGAUAUAAUCACAUUUUAAGUGACUCAACUGCUGUACUUUUAUUCAGUGCCAAAAACAUCACCUACAAGCCUUUUACUGCCACAUUUAUUGACCAUUUCAUUCUCCUUUCCCAUGAAAGGCGUUUAUUUAUGUGGUAUGUUUUGUAUGUAACAUGAGCCAAUCUUCUCAUCUUAGCUGCCUCAUAUUUGCAUGUUUUCAAUGAUGGCACAACAGUAACAUCGCGGUCAGAUGAUAAUUUUUAUCAGAUUAUUAUUUUGCUGUGCAAGGGGUCACCUUUUGUUUUUGUCUGGUUGAUUAACGCCCUUCCGGCUCGCCAGCAAUCGACUGGCACUGCAAGCUUUCUCUAAUCUCCGACCUUCAAGCUUAUUUUUAGCUCUUCCCACACAACUGCGAAUGUGCAUUCAUCCACUCUGCCGUAACAGUGACUGAAUCUGUCAGACAAUGUGUCUGAUCUAAAAACAGCUUCCGAGUACAAAGACGUGGCAGCUUGCUUAUCCAACACAUGGGUACCUCAAACAACAAUUUAGUGUAUUGAAAAAUACUUGAGAAGUGUGUUCUUACUUGUCUAUGGUGUUUUUCUUCCUUGCGAAGGGUGAAAAGGGUCUUGAAAGCAUGGCCAUUCGUUGCUACAGUAAGACGAUAGGCUACUCAUUUGUUUUUUGCUUAAAUAGUUAAUAUUUUUGCUUGAAUAAUUGUGAUUGCUUGUAACAACAUGUGACUACAUUGAAAACCUAUGAACAAAAAUGCAAACUGACUUGGUUUCGUUCGACAUGUUUUCAUUACUUUAACUUGUCGGUGUAUUUCAGAAUUUUGUAAAUAUGCAAAAUAUCCAGCAUUAAAACACUUCGGAUUUACUUUCAUUUGGUUUGAAAAUAUUGCAUACAACCAUGAUAGACUUUGUUCAUAGUUUACUGUGCUUCUGAUGCCUGUGAGUUCUAGCAAAUGUGUGAUAAAUGACUGGACAGUGUUGGAUUUGUUUUUGUAAGCAUAUGCUAAAUGCAAUAUAAUAAUCCGAGAGAGUUUAUGCAAAGUAAUUUAUUGACCAGCUGUUCUGAAAGUCUGCUGUUCUCCAGAGCACCAGAUGGGGGCAGUGCUCACUUGCUUUUCCAAUCCUCCACCCAAGCGUUAGCAUGGCACAGAAUAAUCCUGUAUGUUUUUUUGCCUCUCACUAAGUAUAAUUACUCUGAUACUGAAGUAAAAUGGUACCAUUAAACUUUUUGACCUUGCUCAAGAA